UAGAACUCAUUUCGGUCACUCCAUGAUCUUGUGUUUAUUUUUCUUUAAAUGAGAAUGUCUUCGUAGAUUAUUGAUCCAAAUUUUAAUAGAAAAGUGAUAACCAAUUACCAAUUUAGCAUCAACAAAAUUAAUGUCAGACAAUUAUAAUCUUCAAGUUGUAUAUAUAAACCAUGUUAAAUACAUCGCAUGAUAUGAUUCAUAUAUCAUUCUCUCUCUCUCUUUGGGAUCAAAUCAAAGAAUGAUGCAGAGACAAUAGAAGCAGGAGUCACAAGAUUAAUUAAGCUCAAUGGCACUACGAAGAACGUAGUAUACACCGUGUGUACGCAAUUCAACAUUUUCUCAACUCACCAGAUAGUGCUCUGUGGCCAAUUGAUUCUAUUGAUCAAAAAGGUGACGCGGAGAAAAGGCGCGAUCAAAUGGCUCGUCGCAAAAAACCUAUUCUGAUUCCAUGUUAGAAUACGGUCAUCCAACUCAAAACCUCUGAGAUUUUUACUUCUAGAAGUCCGAAAAACAACUUCUCAAGCAACAUUGGCGCACUCAAUUACAUGCUGCAGAAAUGAUGUCCUCUGUGAACACUUUCUGUAUAUGCACGUUACGCUGCUUGUUAUUGUUAAUUCUAAUCAACAAUUACGCAUGGGACACAUCUGCUUUGAGCAAUCUUGAAGACGGUGUAAAAUUGUAUGUACAAGAUAACCAUGUGGUGAUGGAUAAUGGGUUAGUUCAAGUGAAUAUAUCCAAUCCUUCUGGAUUAGUCACUGGAGUUCAGCACAAUGGUAUCGAUAACUUGCUAGAAAUACUCAAUGAAGAACAGAAUAGAGGGUACUGGGAUCUGUAUUGGACCCAAAGGGGAAACGAAGGAUCACAAUUUUUGAUUAAUGGAACUAGUUUUAAGGUAAUAGUUCAAAAUGAAACUCAAGUUGAAAUUUCGUUCACAAGAACAUGGAAUUCCUCGGCUUCCUCAUCGUCAUCAAAUCCAUCAAACUCAAACAGUACAGAGGGUCUUCCCCUCAACUUUGAUAUAAGAUAUGUAAUGUUGAAAGGCUCGUCAGGCUUCUAUACAUAUGGCAUCUAUGAGCACCUAAAUGGAUGGCCAGAUUUCAAUCUCAACAGAACUAGGGUCGCCUUCAAGCUUCGGAAAGACAAGUUUCAAUAUGUAGCUUUAAGUAAGACACGGCAAAGACGAAUGCCACUGCCAGAGGAUCGUGAACCACCAAGAGGCGAAAUACUACAAUUCAAAGAAGCAACUCUCCUUGUAGACCCUGUUGAGCCAGAACUAAAAGGCCAGGUGGAUGACAAGUACAUGUAUGCAAAAAAUAAUGAAGACAUAAAGGUUCACGGGUGGGUUAGCUCUGACCCUCCAGUAGGUUUCUGGCAUAUCACAGCGAGCGAUGAAUAUCGAGGUGGUGGUCCUCUAAAGCAGGAUCUCACCUCACAUGUUGGUCCUAUAUCUCUCACAGUGUUUUUCAGUUCCCACUAUAUGGGCCAGGAUAAGAUACCCAUGUUUGGAAAUGGAGAACCUUGGAAAAAAGUGUAUGGUCCGGUAUUCCUAUAUCUUAAUUCAGCUCCACCCGGUACAAAUGAAAGCGCAUUGUGGGACGACGCCGAUGAACAGCUGCAACAAGAAGCCCAGAAAUGGCCGUAUAGUUUCAUAGCUUCAACCGACUAUCCUAAAUCUGAUCAAAGAGGCACAGUCAAUGGAAGAAUACUCGUCCGUGACAGGUUUGUAAGCAAGGAAGAUAUACCUGCAGUAGAUGCUUACGUUGGGUUAGCUUUACCAGGAGAAGUUGGGUCCUGGCAGACGGAGUGCAAGGGGUACCAAUUUUGGACAAGAGCUGGUCCUGAUGGUUCAUUCACAAUUAAGAAUGUACAUUCUGGAGAUUACAAUCUCUAUGCAUGGGUUCCUGGCUUUAUAGGAGAUUACAAGUAUGGAAAUCUCAUUACGGUUAAAGCAGGUAUGUAUACAUAUAUAACAAUUUCUCUUCUUUUAAUUACUUCAGUUUUGCGCUGGUUAACUUAUACUCAUCCAUUCAUUAUUAAAACAGGAGAAUCCAUUGAAUUGGAUGAUGACCUUGUUUAUGAGCCUCCAAGAAAUGGCACUACGUUGUGGGAGAUAGGUAUUCCUGACAGAACCGCAGCCGAGUUUUUCAUCCCAGAUGUUAACCCUAAAUACGUUAAUCCACUAUACAUGACGCAAGACAGGUUUAGACAAUAUGGAUUGUGGGAGCAGUACAGUUUUUUAUAUCCGAAAACAGACCUUGUUUACACAGUAAACAGAAGCACUUACCAGAAAGAUUGGUUCUAUGCGCAGGUUACUCGGAAGUUGGGAGACGCUAAGUACAACUCAACAACAUGGCAGAUAAAGUUCAACCUAGAUAGUGUUGAUCAGGGCACGAUUUAUAAGUUGCAAGUGGCACUUGCAUCCACAACUGGAGCAGAAUUGCAAAUUCGACUCAACGAUUUGAAUACAGAAAUUCCUCAUUUCACAACUGGAGGAAUGUACAAGGAUAAUGCCAUUGCGAGAUAUGGUAUUCAUGGACUGUAUUUGUUGUUCAAUGUUGAUGUAAAGAGUGAUUGGCUCAAAGAUGGCGAAAACACAAUUUUUCUUUCACAAGUUAGAGGUGAAGGUCCGUUUAAAGGUAUAAUGUAUGACUAUAUACGUCUCGAAGCACCAGCAGACGAUGAAAGAACGAAUGCGGAAGCAAGGCUAUAUAGGAAGCCCACUAAUUAUCCAACAGCUAACCUAAUUAAUUCUCCCAUGUAGUUGGUAAUUAACUUGGUAUACAUAUCUUGCUUGUAUUGGUUGAAAGUAGAGAGUUGAAAGAGCAGUUGUCGUGACGUUGGAGGUUUGUACUUGAAAGGGAAUCAAACCUUAGUUAGUGCAGUGGAAUGGAGUAAUCAAACCUGUUUUUGGAUAGAAAUAUCCAAAUCUCCCCAUUUGAUGAAUAAUUGAUCUUAUUACCCUA